AUGAAGAAAACCGACGUAACCAAACCGGUUAAACUAUACCGAGGCGUAAGACAACGGCAUUGGGGAAAAUGGGUUGCUGAGAUUCGGUUACCUAAAAACCGAACCCGGUUAUGGCUCGGUACGUUCGAAACUGCUGAAGAAGCUGCCUUAGCUUAUGAUCAAGCUGCUCAUAAGAUCAGAGGAGAAAACGCUCGUCUCAAUUUCCCUCAAAUCGCUCUUUUCGGAGAAUAUAAACAGUCUUUGUCACCAUCUAUCAACGCCAAGAUCGAAUCAGUAUGCAACAGCUCAGAUAUUCCUCUGCCUAAGCUCAAGAAACCGGCCAAAACAGAGGAAGUGUUCACUGGUUUUCAUUGUACCGGUCUUAAACCGGAUCAAGAACCUGAAUUUCCGGAGAUUUUUGGAUCCGGUUUCUCGUUGUUGGAUUUCUCAAGUGAUUGGUUGAAAGAAGAUGAGAGUUUGUUUAUGGGUUUGCAUAAGUUUCCUUCUUUGGAGAUUGAUUGGGAUGCUAUAGAUAAACUCUCUGGUUCCAUUUGA